AUGCGUCAGCUCACACAUACUGGGCGGGAGAACUUCGCCGCCUGUGUCGCCAUGAUAGUGGUGACAACAGUGCUGAUGCUCGCGAGAUUUGCCGUUAGAGCGAGCAACCGUCAAAAGCUCCUGGGCUCGGACUGGACAUGCCUUCUAUCACUCGCUUUCUUCUACGCCUACUGUGGUGUGAUCCUGAAUUUCAUUCUCCACACAUCUCAGUAUGGAUCUCUCGAUGCCAGUGUCCUAUUGGGGAUCGAUGAGAUGAGGAACAUCUUGAAGAUGACAUUUAUUGCCGAGCUCCUCAUGGGGAUGGUCAUUACCUCGGUCAAGAUUAGCAUCCUCUGGUUCUACUACAAAGCCUUCGUCACGGGGCAGGAUCUAUUCAAGAAACGCCUCAUCCAGGGGACGAUGGUCGCAUGUCUAAUGUGGUUCAUCGGCGUCACCUUCUUCAUCAUCUUCAAUUGCCACCCCAUCAACGCAUUCUGGGACAUGUUCGGGCAGGCCCCGUACUGCAUGAGCUCGGUCCGGUUCCUGCUCGGCUACGAGAUCUCCAACCUGUUCCUCGACGUCUUUAUUCUCGCGAUCCCUAUACCCAUCUUGAUGAAAUUGCAAAUGCACAAGAGCAACAAGCUGAGUCUCUUGGCUGUGUUUUCUCUGGGCACCUUGUGA